GCUGUGUGGCUACCACCCUAGUGUCAUUCAGCAGAGCAGACCAGCUCCAGUAAGACAGGAGGUGGGUAUAUAUUAAGGCAUCUCCCAGAGGAGCCAUUCCUUCCCACUUCCUCUUCACAGCUGGAGAAGGCAAGGAAGACACUUGGAGACGGUUCUACCCCACUUCAUCCCCUGAAAAUGUUCUUCCUCCGUGUCUCGGUUAUUGCCAUACUUCCCAUUCUAGGAGCGAAUGGCAAUUCUGUCACACAGACCGAAAGCAGCGUGACUUUAUGCGAAGGGGAACCGGUUCUUCUGAAUUGUACCUAUCAGACUACCGGCUACCCAACUCUCUUCUGGUACGUGCAGUAUGGCAGUCAAGCACCUAGGCUAUUUCUGAGAGAUGGUUCCGCUGACCCAGAGGAAGGUCUUGCACAAAGUGAUUCCAUGGACCAGUCUCCUCCAGAAGUGAGAGUCUCAGAGGGGCAAAGUGUAACUUUACACUGUAACUUCACCACCGCUGGCAUAAACCCAUAUCUGUUUUGGUACCAGCAGUAUCCGAACCAGCCUCCUCAGCAUAUACUGACUAAAACGAAGUUUGAUGCUCUGGAUCAGACGCUUGUCCAGGGAAAAUUCUUAGCAUCUUUGUACAUGGGUAAUGGGACGGUUCCCUUCAAGACUGAGGCUGUUUCUCACCAGGAGAGCGCUGUGUAUUACUGUGCUCUGAGACCCACAGUGGGGGAGAAUUGCAUCUCAGCUCGUACAAAAAGUGAGCAGGGGGCUGUUUAUGGCAAUAUGGCAGAAUCGUGUAAACACAGGGCUGGAAGGGACCUCGAGAGAGAUCUAGUCCAGCCCCCUGUGAUGAUACAGGACCAAAUGUACAUGGAUUAUCCUUGA